GGUGGAGACAGCCGCUCAGGUGAGAGGCGCCACCUCCGCCCCCUGGAAACCAAACAGUCAUUGCUGCUGGCACACACAUGGGGAGGCAGACUACUUUCACCGCGGAGUCCCCACUGUGAUCCAGACUAUCAGAGGCACAGGAGCUGCUCUUAGGAGCCAUCGACGAAUGCCACCUAUUCGGCGCUUUCAUUUAAUGCGUCUUUAAAUAAAAGAAGAGCAAGAAACUGUGUAAAAAAGACCAAUCGCGUCAGUUAUGGAUAGGCUGCAUGAGUGGAGCUUUAAGCCCAAGAAACUUGAGCUGGAGGAGGACUUCUACUUUGACUAUGGAGCGGAGGAAAUAACAGAUUACCAGGACCCCUCUGAACUCCUGGCUGCUCUCAAACAAAAGGAGGAAGAGGUUAUUUUGGCAGCGCAGCUGGGAAACGCGUUGCUCCUGGAAAACCGUCAGCUGAAGGAGCAGAGCGAGAAGUUUCAUGAGCAGUUCACAGACAACCUGGAGGAGCUGGAGCAGGGACGUCAUGAGCUGCGACUAAAGCUGGAGGGCUGCCAGUCCCAGUGGGAAAGCCAAGUGGGAGACCUGGAGCGGGACGUGAGGGAGCUGAGCGCUCAGGUGGAGCGGCUGACCCAGGCGCUCAGCAAGGCUGAGAGGGACAAGGGUCGACUGCAGCUGGAGCACAGUGAGCAGACCCACCGCCUCAGGGAGGAGCUCAAAACUGCGAUGGAGGUGGAGAGAGCCAUGUCCAGCGAGCUGCAGGUUCUGAAACAGGAGCUCCAGCAGAAAGGAGGCCACAACAGGCCGCAGGAGGAGGAGCUGAUCAGCGCCAUGAAGGAGCAGGUGUUGAGACUCACACAGAAGGAACAGGAGCUGGAGCGGCGUUUGCAGAGGGUUUGUCAAGAAAACGCUGAGCUCAAAGCAAGUUUGACCUCUUUACAAACACGUUUGGCCCAGCAUGACCAACUUGAUCAGCAGCAGAGCCAGCAGCUUCAUGAGGCAUGGCAGGAGGUGGAGGUGGCACGGGGUCGUUCGCAGCAGCUCCAGGCUCAGGUGGAGGAACUGCAGGAGGUGUCUCUGCAAGAGAGCAGGAGCCACUUAGACGCCUCCCUGUUGUCCGAGCUGGAGGCAGCAGACUGGGGGAUCAGCAAAGAACAGAUAACCCAGGAAAUGGGCUUCAUUCUCCAGUUACUCCUUCCUCUGACCCGGGGCCUAAGCAACUCGGACGUCAUGGAUGAGCAGCAGGACCUGCGGGCCGUGCUGCACCGACUGAAGGGAGUGGCCCAAACUCUGUCACAGGCAUCCAGUAUCCAGGAGGUGAAUCUGGGCUUUGUUGACAGGAUGGCCGAUCACUGUGGGAAUCUGAGCGCAGCGCAGGAGCUGAGGGAUCAGAAUGCCCAGCUGCAGCAGGAGAAUGCGGAGUUGUUGCUGAAGCUGCAGAGCAUACAGGAUCAAAAAGACUUCGUCAAGCAGGCCAUCAGAGACCGGGAUGAAGCUAUUGCCAAGAAAAACUUGAUGGAGGCUGAAUUGGUGCGAAGCAAAAGCGACAUGAUGUGUUUGAACAAUCAGUUAUUAGAAGCUAUCCAACGUAAACUGGAGCUGUCCCAGGAGCUGGAGGCCUGGCAGGAUGACAUCCAGAUCGUCAUCAACCAGCAGCUGCAGUCGCAGCAGCAGACGGAACAGCCCCAGAAGAAGCCCACCUCCAACGGCCUGUCUUUCUUCCGACGACACAGCAGGACAGCCACCACCUGGACCCGCCAGCUCUCCUCCUCCUCCUCUUGGAGUUCAGACAGUAAUCCGGACAAAGUCCAGUCCCCCUGGAGAGACUGGCUAAGACCGGGGAAAGGGGCACACUAUGGAAAAUAAUGUACCACAGUGCACCACAGACUGCUGAUAAGGGAACAUGAAGUAAAGAGAGCAGAUCAAGUCACAAGUAAGAAAAAAAAAAAAAAGAAGAGCCAAUACGUCCAAGGGAUGAAGGACAUGAACAAAGACUUUCCUAACAGACACUUGUACUGCCACACAUUUCAGUGAAGGCUGAGCCUCCUUCAGAUUUAAACUGUGAUAAUGCAGAAAACUGCAAUCAGAUUGUAAAUAUUGUUCCUUAUUUUGUUUAUUAUACUAAGGCUGUAAAAUAAUGACAUGAUGCUUGUAAUUCAGUGGAAGGUAUUUUACGUUAUUUAACUUGACAACCAAACACUUAAUUUUCAGCUACACUGAAUUUAUUUAAGUUGGAUGUAAAAGUUUGUGCUUUAUGUUGGUUGUGCUCCAAAGUUGUUUUUUCAGAAAUGUACAGUAAUGUAUUUUUAAUAAUUUGUGCUUUUUUGUUUUGUCAAAAAGUACCUUUUUUUUUCUAAAUGUUUACUUGGUAUGUGUUGAUAUGUUGCUGAUUUAUGCAUAUUUACACUGACUGUUCAUUUUUGAAGUUGCUCAGUCAUAAACUGUUGUUUCCUAACA